AUGGCCUACAGCCCCAGCUCUGGCUCCAGUUCUGGUUCAUUGCCAGUAAUCCAGCCUGGGCUCGAUCAGACACAUCGUCAAACAUACUUAACCAGAAUGCCCCUUACUAUUAGCAAACCCCGAAGAGCGAAGCAGCAAUCCCCUCAAGACAUAAUUGACGAGUUCUGGGCGAAUUUUACCACCAAGACUCCAGGAAAAGCGACCACCAUCAUUCCUCAGAAUGAGUACACCGAAAAAAUCGCCAGGCGACCUACCACGGCUACAGGCGUAUACACUCAGACGUCAUAUGUCGAGGCCGCUACCGUCUGCAGAGCCAAGGUCGACAAGAUUGUGCAGGAGUGUCGAAGGGUGAACCAGAAGUAUCGGGAUCCUCAUUUCGAUCUUGAGUUUGAUCUCAAAUUUGGAAGACGAGACUGUUUGGAGUCCCUUUGGAAUACUAAAGACAAGGACAACCGCCAGCCGUCGUUUAUGCCGAAGUCAGUCAAGAGAGUUGUCGACAUAUUCGACAACCCGCAGUUCUACAUUGAUGGCCCAACAGCUAAUGAUGUGCGCCAAGGUCGAGACGGGGAUUGCUGGCUUAUGGCUGCGCUUUGUAAUCUGAGCAACAAGCCUGGCCUUAUUGAGAAGGUUUGCGUCGCACACGACCAAGACGUUGGUGUUUACGGCUUUGUAUUUCAUCGAGAUGGGGAGUGGUUCAGCGAAAUCAUCGACGACAAGCUGUAUCUUACGAAGCCCGACUACGAUGAGGGCUACCUGGAACGUAUCCUCUGGGAGGACCGGGAGCGCGUAAAUUCAGAAGAGGCAUAUAGGCGCAUCUAUCAAUCAAACAGCGGCGCUCUUUAUUUCGCCCAGUGUGAGAAUCCUAACGAAACAUGGCUUCCGCUCCUCGAGAAAGCCUUCGCCAAGGCACAUGGGGACUACGCCUCAAUCGAGGGAGGGUUUACAGGCGAGGCUAUUGAAGACCUUACUGGCGGUGUUACCUCGGAAAUCUACACCACAGACAUACUGGACAAGGAGUUCUUUUGGAAAGAGAAACUUCUCAAAGUCAAUCAGGAGUGCCUUCUUGGAUGCUCCACUGGGUUUGCGUCGAGAGGAUGGGGCGAACGUAAAGGUAUCAUCGAGAUGCAUGCCUACAGCGUGAUGAAAGCUAUUGAGAUGAACAAUGAACGACUCGUUUUGCUAAAAAAUCCCUGGGGUAAAGGAGAGUGGAAAGGUGCCUGGAGCGAUGGCUCUAAAGAAUGGACUCCCGAGUGGCUGCAGAAACUAAACCACAAGUUCGGCGAUGACGGCGCCUUCUGGAUUUCUUACCAAGAUUUACUCAAAAAAUACAGCAUUUUUGACGUAACGCGCUUGUUUGGUGCCGACUGGAAAGUCACGUCUAUAUGGACAACGCUCUCGGUUCCAUGGACUCUCGACUAUCAUGAUACUCAUUUCGCAUUCACGCUGUCCAGGCCUGGCCCCAUAGUCUUGGUCUUGGCACAACUUGAUGACCGCUACUUCCGUGGCUUGGAAGGCCAAUACAGGUUUGACUUGCAAUUCCGCGUACACAAAGCCGGCCAGGAGGACUAUGUCGUACGGAGUCAGGCUUCUUACCGUAUGAAUAGGUCUGUCAAUGUGGAACUUGAAUUAGAGGCUGGCAUGUACGAAGUUUUGGUCAGACUCGAUGCCGUGCGAAAUGAUCACAUUCUUCCGGUGGAACAGGUUGUUAGGAAUAACGCCAAAAGCCGUCGUGAGAAAUUGAUUCGCAUUGGGCUAGCCUACGACCUUGCUCACAGCAAGGGAAAGGUAAUCGAAUCGCCCGAGGAGAAGGCAGCGAGGGAAACUCACGAGAAACAAGAACGUGAGAAGAAACGUGCCGAGAUCAAACACAGAAUCCAAGUGGAACGAGAACAGGAACACUAUUUGCGAAUCAAGGCUUUGAAGAGAAAUCAGAAGCAAAUGGCCAAACGCAAUGCCAGACAAAAGUCUCGGGUUGAAAGUAUGAGAGCUGGCCAAGUCAUAACCCACAGCAAACCAGAAAAGCGCCCAGAUACGGGAACAUCUCACGCACAUCCAACACAACUCCAGCCCAUGAACCAGAAUCACGCCCAAUCCCAGCAAAUCAAGUUGAACCCCGGUGUUCUAAAUACACCGGGAGCAAAUGAAGUAGGGAAGGGCAACUCAGCAGACAGUGGUUCCACGCAAACACCGAAAAUGCCCUUGCAACCCGCGUCGCACGGAGACAGAGCAACGCUGUUCGUGGGAAUGCAAGCAGAGAAAACAGACAAGUUGUUAUAUGAGCCACCGAAUGCUACGCAAAAUAUCACGAGGCAUGCAGAAAUAUCAAAUUUGGAAAUGCCCCAAAGUGCUAGCAGCAUGAAGAGCGAGAGCCGUCAUACUACCCCCGACGAGAGCGAAGAGACACGAAAAGAAUCAUCACCACCGUCAGACGUUUCGGAACAAGUGCUGUGUGAGUCUGAAGAUGACUCAACCAGCGUUUCCUCCUUGUCUGAACUGUCUGAACGGGAGUUGGAAAUAGAAAUCGAGGCGGUUGAAGCACGGGAAUGCAUGCCUGCUGGGCGUGUGCUGCCAGCGUCGAGUCCUCCUGUCCAUCUGGACGACCAGGACGAGCUUGAAAGAGAUCCGUGGAAUGCUGUUGCUGUAGUAGGGUUGCGGGUGUACUACAAAGUUUCAAGUGAGCACAAGGAUGAGGCCAUCGUCGAGUUGCGAGUCGUGCGGCCGAACCCGUUUGCUGAAGAAAACAUAGUAUCCAAGGAUGUUGAACCACGCGACAAGAAACCAAAGGGCCUGGAUGUUGAUGACAGUGCCAAGGAUGCUACGCUGGAGGGCGAAAUAAAGCAGAGGAAAAAAAGCAUUGCGCCCACUAGCGAGGAUCUCUGUAACGCGCCGAUGCUUGCUAUGUUAGACUCAGACAGAAGAACACAAGGCAACCGCGUGCGAAUGCCUUGGGAAUGUUGA